AUGAAGUCACUGGGUCAGAACCCAUCCGAAUCCGAGUUACAAGACAUGAUCAAUGAAGUCGACGUGGACUCCAAUGGCAGCAUCGAUUUCGAUGAGUUCCUCAAGAUGAUGUCACAGACUGUCAAAGCCACGGAUUUCGCUCACGAAACCCGUGCCGCAUUCAACGUCUUCGACAAGGAUGGGAGUGGCACAAUCUCCGCCGACGAGCUUCGCCAGGUCAUGAAGUCUCUGGGCGAGAACUUGACCGAUGAGGAAAUCGACGAGAUGAUCCGCGAGGCUGACAAGGAUCGAAAUGGCACAAUAGAUUGUAUGUGGUUUUACGCUUUCGUGCCUUAUCCCCUCCCCUGCAAAUUGUUUCGGCUUUUGGGUGGCUUCCUGGCUGCCACCCCUUUCGAUCCCAACACAGUGGUAUUGUCAGGAGCGACUCAGGCUAAUUGUACUUCCUUCCCAGACGAGGAAUUCGUUCAGCUGCUCUCCCCCAAAUAG